AUGCUCGAUAACGAAGAAUAUGCCCAUGGCAGGCGUCGAAGCGUGGAUGUCGGCGGUUUAGCGCUCGCUCUCGGAAAUCAGGCAUUGGGUCAUGGUUGGGGCGGCUGGGACGAGGUCCAGCAAGGUGAAACUCGGUGCGACUCCCUUCACGAUACCUUCUUUUCUUAUCCACUCAUCCCACCAGAAACAAGGUUGCGGCUGAUUGGGGCCCUCGACGGAUGGCAUUUCGAGCCACACAAGCUACCCGAGGAGGAGGUGCUUUAUUGUGCAUAUAUCCUAUUCGAAAGUCUCUUUAGGAGAGCUGGCAUGCACCGCGAGAUUGGCGUAGCCCUCACCAACGUCUCCAUCUUCCUGCGGCACUUACGACUCCUGUAUUGUGGACAGAACUCGUAUCAUAACUUUCAGCAUGCCCUAGACGUCCUCCAAGCCUGCCAUGCGUUUCUAUGCGCCGCUGGUGUGGUCCCGCCAGCGGCAGUUUUAUGUAGAGAUGAGAGACCAUGGGAGCCAGACAGGCGUGGUAGAGCCGACCGUUUGGCUUUCGAAUUAUCAAAUAUGGAUCUUUUUGCGUUGUUUAUCGCUGCAAUAGGACACGACGUUGGUCAUCCUGGUCUUACGAAUCUGUUCAUGAAAAAUGCAAACGCACCCCUAUCCACCGUGUUCGACGGGAAAUCAGCUUUGGAACAUAUGCAUUAUACGAUUCUCAUCCAUGCCUAUGCGACAACAUGGUCUCUUGCUGGGAUCGUUCUUGCGACUGAUAUGGGGGUGCACUUCGAAUUUAUGAAAAAUUUCGCCCUCUUGGCCGACGGCAGGGACUUCCCUUUAGAUUUCAAGAGACUGUUAUUCUGUCAAGCGAUCAUCAAAUGUGCUGACAUCAGCAAUCCGAGUCGACCACCUGGAGUAUCCCAUUACUGGGCAGAUGCCUUAAUGGCUGAGUGGACUUCUCAAGCUUGCUUAGAGAAACACUGGCACCUGCCACCAUCUGUUCAACCCUCAUCUAAUCCGCUAGGCCAAGUUCAGGGGCAAAUUUUCUUCAUAGACACCUUUGCAAAGCCCCUCAUGGAUAUUACUGCCAGAGUCGUCCCAGAAAUGCAACGAUUCGCAGACCAGUGUACUGCCAACCUUGUCUCCUGGCAGAAAGAAAAAGCAAGGUUGACUGGCUCCAGUGAUCAGGCUGAUUUUUCCCCGAGCAACUUUCUUCCUUCCUCACCGCGACCACCACAAGAUUUCCUCGGUUCUUUUCCGCUGACGUUGCCUACGUUUGCCCUUGACCAUCCAGACGAGUCACAUCUUCUCCCAUGGCAACCUCCCAGCCCUUUACACCCACCUUCCGAUUCCGGCGGACAACGAAUGGAUGCAUCACCGCCAGAUUCUCCUGCACCGUCUGUCAGUUCUGGCUCAUUCGUUCUCGCGAGCCCUUCUUCCUCUCGUUUUCGCACGAUGUCAAGCGUGAGCAAAAGCGAUGCUGCCACUGCAAUGCGGGCAGCUUAUCAGGUUGGCGUUCGCAAGAAGAGAAGUUUCUACAACCGAUAUUCUUGGACGUCGGACCUCAGUCCUGUCGCAUCUUCACCGAACCUUGUUGUCGCUGCCAUCCCCAAAGCAACGGUGUUGGUCGCCGACACAGUUGGAACAGUCUUAAUGAGCUCCAAGGCCGGUAAUGAGACGCCCCCUGCCAUCGGGACAGUUCAGUGA